AUGGCCAAUACAUUCUCCAUUUCUUUUGCAAUUAUUUCUUGCUUCAUUUAUAUUUUUACAUGUGCAUUAGCAGCUGGAUUAACGUACUUUUGGAUAGGACUCAGCAAUUUUCAAAACAAUGGGAGGUAUGUCUGGAGUGACGGAACGAUUAUGAAUUAUACUGAUUGGGGAACAUCAGAACCGAAUAACAUCAAUGAUAACGAAAACUGUGCAGAGACAUACUAUCGAACGUGGAAUGACAACAAUUGUUUUAUGUCGUUCAGAUUUAUAUGCAAAGUGCAAAUUUAUUUAAGAUGUGGGCCUGGUGACUUUAUAUAUUAUAACAAUUCUUGUUAUUCAAUUGAUAUAUCACUGGCUAAUUUUACUGAAGCUCGUAAACUUUGUAAGAACAAUGAUUCAGAUUUAGUUAUUAUUCGUUCUAAAGAGGAAUACAAUUUUAUAGUAAGUCACACUUCUAAGCAAUCAGGUGCUGAUUUUUGGAUCGGAUUACAGAAACUAAGGAAUCGGUCAUACAGAUGGAUAGAUGGCAGUGGUGCGACUUACCUUCCGUGGCUUAAAGAACCAAAAGGAGAUAAUGAUUUUUGUAUUAAAUCAUCUUCCUUGCAGGGAACAUGGUCUGGUGAUAAUUGCAGCAAUACAAAUCGUUUUAUUUGUGAAAAACAAUUACUUUGAUAUCCAUUAACAUUGACAACCCAGUAAUGUUUUAAAAAUAUAAGUAGAAAACUGUUGUCGCUACACAAUACCAGGAAACUUU